CUCAGACGAACAUCGCAACGUCACUGAGGGCUCCAAGGGUUGAUCGACGUCCGGCACUCGUGACCCAAAAUAGGCCUCCGUUUGCUUCACAACAGGCCAUCUCGUUGCUCGGAACGGCGUCUUGGGGGCGGGGGGUAGCAGCAGCUGACGGGGCUGGGUUGAGAUGAUCAUCAAAAUGACCGUGACAUUCUUCUUCUAGAUCAAUCGUGUCUUGGGAGCCUUUCACUUUUCUCUGUUCCACCAAUCCCUAUCUUGUCAAGCAAUUCGACAUCAGAUGAAAGCAGGCUGAAAUCUUGUCGCUCACUCCAUUUUUUUUCUUUUUUCUUUUUUCUUUUUUCUUUCAGUUAUACUCUAUUCUCUUCGUUGAACCCGGUGUUCUAUAGCAAGUUAUUGUGAUUGACUCAUCUCUUCAUAAUGUCUGGCCUUUUGGGAAGCAUUGGAGGACGUUUGGGGUUGGGCGCCGUCGCAAACGUCGGUGUAGGUGUUGGUGGAGGUGCCGGCACCUCCUCAUCACUAUCGCGGCCGGCGGGAGGCAGACCGGAGAAGACGGAGGCACCCGAGGCAACCGCAACUUCAGAAGUGCCCGAAGUUACAUCAACUACCGAUACCGAGGUGCCUACCAAGGCUACUUUGUACACGGCCCUACCAGUAGCCACGGACGAUUCUAUCGUUACCAACCCGGGGAUGCCUGGUAAUGAUGAUGACGAGGAGGAUGAUUCGACGACAACGACGAAGGACGACGAAACAAGGACGCAAGAAACAACUACAGCAUCGGCAACACAGACAGAGACAACCGCCACAGAUGCCGUUGAUGCCACCACCACAGGCAUCCCCGAAGCAACCCCGAAGACGACCUUGACUGCCGGUGAUGAGCCCACUACAGCCACUGCUCUACCAACGACCAGCAUCGAGUCAGCCGCUACAUCAGUCACCAGCGCUCCUACCACUCUUCUCACCAGCGUGCUGUCAGCACCCGUUACCAGCGACCUCACCAGUAUCGACGUCGCCGUGUCCGUGACUAGUCUCCUUAGCGAAAUCCCAGCCUCACUCGAUCCCACCACUCUAGUCUCUGUCACAUCAUCACCCCUAUCUUCAGUCGCCGCUUCCGCCUCCGCUUCCGCAAUAGCGGCCAUGACGCCCACCAACAGCCUCAGCCAAGCCCAGACUUCGAGUGGCAACGGCGGUCUGUCCAGGCCGACCACUAUUGGCGUCGCGACAGGCGGCGGUGUGGCCGCUCUCGCCCUCAUCGUGACGUCCAUUUUUGCCUGCCGACGAUACUGGAAGAAGCACCGCGAGGCCAACGAUGACGCCCUCGAGAAGCUCGACUCUAUGUACGAGGCUGGGAAGCCGACUGGGUUCGAGGAGCGUGACACGGGGCGGUGGAAUAGGGGGUUGGAGCAGUUCCAUGAUGUGACGAAGCAAGGUUAGUUGGGAGGUGGUGGACUGGGGACGUACCAGGGGGCCUAGAUUUGGGGUGCCUUGGAGGCGUAUUGUGCAAACAUCACGUACGGUGAUGCAAAUGGGUACAAAGUGGGAAAGAAAGGUCGUAAGACAUCUCAGAUGGUCACGUCUCGGUAUAAGUCGUAUAACCGUUUAUAUAUCAAAUAGAAUAGUAAGGUACUGAAAUCACUCCCUAAAGAUAAUACAUAUUGCUCCGGCCACCC